AUGACAGCCUCGGACCUCGAAACCUGGCUCAAGUCCGACGACGCCAACAGCGCCGGCUGGCCGAAGGACGAUGCCGACGGCGACGGCGAGACGGUGGGCCACGACAGCGGGCGCAAGAUUGUCGAGAUCCUCAAGGCGAACCCGGACCGGAAGGAGGACAAGUACACGGACGAGCAGGUGGAGCACAUGCGCAAGGUUGUCGCAUACUGCAAGCGGCAUCUGGCGCAGGAGGCCAAGGGCAAUGAGGAGAAGACGGAUGAGGAGGUCAAGAAGACCAAGUCGUAUGCUUCGCUGAAGAACUGGGGCCAUGACUUCCUCAAGGCUGAGGGACGAGACGGCGGUAGCGACAGUAAGAAGCAGGGCAACAAGAAGCAGGGCAACAAGAAGCAGAAGGACAAGAAGGAGAACGACAAGGAAGAAGAUGCUGAGAUGGAAGAGGCCGAUGAAGAUGUUCAAGAGGAAGAUGCCGAGGAGGAGGACGAGGACGAGGGCGACGACAAGGAGGACGGAGACGCCAAGGCGGGCGACAAGCGCAAGAAGACGAGCGCACAGAACGGCGCCAACAAGAAACGAGAGACACGACAAGGCAAGGGAUCCACGACGAACGGCAACGCCAAGAAGAAUGGUGACGACAAGGGAGACGAGGAAGCUGAGGAAAAAGAAGAGGACAACGAGGAAUACGUCGAGGACGAAGGUGACGACGAUGAUAACGAAGAGGAAGGAGGCGACGGCAAGGGCAAGUCUAACGGCGGCGGCAAGCCGAAGAAGGGGCCGAAGAAGGGCGACACGGUCUCGUGGAACUGGGGCGGUGGCCAGCCCGAGGGCAAGGUGCUCGAUGUCAAGGGCGAGGACACGUCCAUCACGACGAAGAACGGCAACCAGGUGACGCGGAAGGGCGACGCUGAGGACCCGGCUGUGGUGAUCGACGCUGGGAAAUCAAAGGCCAUCAAGUCGGCUCAUGAGCUCAACUGA